AUGGACAAUUUGUUCCUGAAGUUACUUCAAGUCCUAGCUAGAGCUCGAGUUGAUGAUGGAAGAUUAAGUGAAGAUAAUAUUGUCAAUCUUCUACAAGACCUAGGACAAAGGGGAAAAUUGAGUGAUGCUCAUCCUGAUGAUAAAGAUUUAGCGAGGAGGACAUACCUUCAAAGAAAGCCUUUCAAGGGUGAUAACACUGUUGGAGGUGAUGCUUUUGUUUGUGAUGGUUUUCGUGCUUGGAAUAGACUACAAACAAUUCAAGAUCAUGCAAGCAAACACAUGAGUGCUCACCAUAAAGUCGUUGUGACUGCUAUGGAGUUAUUCAAGAAACAAAAGGGUAGUAUUAUCACUGCUUUAUCAAAGCAAACGGCGGAAACUAGAAGUGCUUAUCGUAAGCGAUUGGAGGCUUCAAUCACAGCCAUUAGGUGGCUUUUACUUCAAGGGCUACCUUUUCGUGGCCAUGAUGAAAAAGAAAGUUCAUUGAAUAGAGGUAAUUUUAUUUCUCUGUUGACUCUUCUUUUAGAACAUGAUGUUGAAUAUUCCAAAGUUGUUUUUAAAAUGGCACCCGGUAAUUAUCAACUUACUUCUCCGGGUAUCCAAAAAGAUAUCAUCCAUGCUUGUGCAAAAGAAACAACUAAAGCAAUACUUGAAGAUCUUGCUGACGAGUCUGUCGAUGUUUUCGAUAAAGAACAAUUGGUUCUUUGUUUGAGAUAUGUUAGUAAAAAGGGAGAAGUGUGUGAAAGAUUUCUUGGUAUUGUGCAUGUUGCUAAUACUCAUGGAGUAUUCUUUGACUUUCUCUCAAGUUCGGGGUUUUCGAAUUUGAAGAAUCUUAAUGAGAUUUCCGUGAAACUUGUUGAGACGGGAAAGCAUGAAACCCAUGAGCGAGCGUACUUGCUUUUGAAGUUGGUUCUAACUCUUCCCGUGCAAUCUGCAUGGCAAUUGUGGAAAGAGUAUUUUCUGGAAUGA